AUGGAACUUACAAACUAAUCAGGAAUAAUUUAGAUAGAGAAGAUCAAAAGAAUUAUAUCAAUUGCAAGCAUAUUGUAAAAGUAAAAAAAAAAAAAAAAGUGGGUUUUAAUCAAAGAUGAGUCAACAAAAUAAUUAAAGGAAUUUAGAAUAAGGAAGAUUAAAAAAUCAUUGGAGACAAAGAUAAAUAUUGUUUAGGUAAGUUAAGAUUCAACAUUAAAGAAAAACUUAAAUGAUUCUAUAUAUGAGUCCUUCAAAGAUAAUACUCUAAAUAAAAUGGAGAGAUUUGAAGAAGCUUUGGUGGAUUAUGAUUUAGCAAUUUUGAAAAAUCCAGAAAAUUCUCUAUAUUUUUUUAACAAAGCUGGUACUCUAGAUAAAAUGUAUAGAUAUGAGGAAGCUUUGGACAAUUAUGAUUUAGCAAUUUUGAAAAAUCCAGAAAAUUCUCUAUAUUAUUUUAACAAAGCUGGUACUUUAGAUAAAAUGAAAAGAUAUGAGGAAGCUUUGAAAAAUUAUGAUUUAGCAAUUUUGAAAAAUCCAGAAAAUUCUCUAUAUUAUUUUAACAAAGCUGGUACUUUAGAUAAAAUGAAAAGAUAUGAGGAAGCUUUGAAAAAUUAUGAUUUAGCAAUUUUGAAAAAUCCAGAAAAUUCUAUAUAUUAUUUUAACAAAGCUGGUACUUUAGAUAAAAUGAUGAGAUUUGAAGAUGCUUUGAAAAAUUAUGAUUUAGCUAGAGAAAAAAGCUUAGGUAUUUCUGACUAUUAGAAUGGUAAAGCCAAUUAAAAAUGAUUAUCAAAAUAAUUGACAAAUUUUAAUUAUUCUUAAAAAUUAUACUAAAUAAAUGAAAGAAAUUUAGAAGAUUUAGAAAUCCUAAUAGAGAAAUUUAUUUGAAAUUUAUAUACACUAUAUAAAACAUAAAACUUGG